GCUAGAAUUUUACGGUUUUACUGGGCUGCAGGCGGACAGAUAAUGGAAGGACACCCGAAUUGUCGUAUGCUCGGAUACGACAAAAGUAAGGAAUACCAUCUUAGCAGGUCACGUCCGAGUGCGUCCGUCCGUCCAGAUAGCGAACCAACAAAACUGUCCGAAACUACCAGCAAGGAUAUGGCCAACCAGCGAGGUUUCCCAAGAUGUUUUUUACCGCCGGACCAACACAUCCCCGGUGAUGGGGUGCGGGGCCUGCCCAUUACCGUUGUUUUCGGAUUGACGAAACUCCAACAAAAUAAUAGCAUAUUCAGAGAUGUGCCAAGGAAUUUCUUCAAUAGAAGCUCAUCAGUACGGCGAGUGCGGUCAGGCCGGUUAGGCUAUGAGCUGCGAUUCGGAACAAAGUCCGAAAACGACGUCUGGUAAAUAUUACAUUCGGAUGCAAGUACCGGCACCAGAUUUCUGUAACUAAUCUUUCAGACAUACUGAUAAACAAAUAAAAUGAAGUAUUUAACUCUUCUGAAAA